AUGCUUAGUACACAUUGUGUUAUUCAUCGGGAAGCCUUGGCUUCCAAAACAUUGCCACAGAAAUUACGCCAGACUUUUGACUCGGCUAUAAGGAUUGUAAACUACAUCAAGAGCAGCGCUUUGAACAGUCGGUUAUUUACUUUACUUUGCGAGGAUCUCGAUUCUGAUCACAAAGUUCUUCUGUUCCAUACAGAAGUACUCUGGCUGUCCAAAGGCAACAUAUUGGCUCGCCUUUAUGACUUGAAAGAAGAGGUAAUUCUUUUCCUUGAGUUCAAAGAAAAACACGAUUUCUUGACAAUGUUUAAAGAUUACACAUUUCAGUGGGAGUUGGCUUAUUUAACUGUCAUAUUUGACUGCUUGAAUGAGCUAAAGUCAGACUUCAUCCUCAGAGGGGGUCACUACCCUCCUGCCCCUCCUCCCACUGGGGGCGUCCAUGUGUACGUCCUGCGCCAAUUCAAACGUUAG